GAAACGCAAGUUUGUAGGGAGUAACGUAGCACUGUCGUAGGCACCGUAGCAGUACAUCGUAGCUCGCGUAGCGCGCCGCCCGCCUUCGCGUAGCUUCGGUUAAAAGUUACAUUUUCAAACUUGUUUAGUUUUCAUACGUGGAAAAACGGAUAGACAAUGAGCGAGCGAGGCGCUCGACGCGGCCCAGGCGCACCUUUCUACGCGCCAUUACGGCGUAAAACCUCUGCAGAGAUCAUCAGUGAAGCAAGAGCUGCUAUUUACGGCGAGAUGAGCGGUACGUCUAGCGGUGGUGGCGCUGGCGGCGGCCUGCGUCCGCUGCGCACGCGCCGCCCCUACACACCGCGUGAACCACAGAGGUCGCUGUACACCAACAAGAAAGAACCGAGACCGCCCAGUGGCUUUGAUCUGAAGUUCCUGAGUCUGUCAGAGAGUGGUGAAGAGACCCUGGCGGCGAUGGACGCUCGUAUCGCUCACCUGGACGAGGAGGCACUCAAUGAAAUGCUCACAGACACCCGCAGUAAGAAAAAACCUCCGCAGGUACGCAAGGACCCUCGACAAGGCGGGGUGGGUGACAUGUGGGGCGGAUUCACCAAACUGCCGCAUCUCAGUGGUCGGAGCAAACCACUGCACAGGCGUAACACUACUGGACAAGUACACGCUGAAGAGUUAAAACCUGAAGCCAGCUUGGCCGGAGCGAUCUCAGUGACUCGUCCUCUAGGUGAUGACAGUAAUACCACUAUGAGCAGCACAUUAAUGGGUGAGAUCGUCAAUGUUAAGGAUGGUGUUGGUGCAACAAAACGCAAACAGUUCGCAGCUACGAAGGCAGCAUCUUGCGACGUUGCCAGCUGCACGAGCGGCCUGCGAGCUGACAUCGAUGUAAAACAUCUCGCCGUGCAACUGCCCAACACUUCCUCGGACAGUUUGGAAAAUAUGACAUUACUGGAGCUAUCAGAAGCCCUAUCGCAGCGUUGUCGCGACCCGCACCGUACCCUGCAGCUACUGGAGGCAGUGGUGGCCAACCUGCAAGCAACGACACCUGGCGGCAGUCUGCGGGAACUACUCACGCGGGCGCUGUACAUGCACAUAGACAGUGACGACGAGAGGAUACUCGUCGCUGUGGCGCGGGCCAUGCUAUCUAUGCGAGUGACUGGUACACAUUUGGCAGCUGCCUGCAAGCUUGUCUUCAAGAUAGCAAAGAAUGACAAGAACGAUCACUACUUUAAGACCACCAAUCUGUUGGAGUUGCUGGUGGAGGGGUGCGGGCGCGCGGAGCCGGUGUCGGAGGCGGGGUGCUGCGUGUACGGCUGCGCCGCGCUGCGCGUGCUGGCGCUGGAGCCCGCGCUCUGCGCCCGCGCCGUCGCCGCCGGCGCCGCGCACCUCGCCGCGCUGCAUCUCAAGAUACUCAAUAACGCCAAAGCGGAGUGCCCGCGCUCGCUGGGCGAGCAGAGCACGCACGCGCUGUACCAGGUGACGGGCGCGCUGCGCAGCCUGGCGGGCGCCGUGGACCGCUGCGCGCACGACUUCCUCGCCAGCGGCGCGCUGCCCGAGCUGGUCAACGCGCUCGCGCUGCACACUGACCGGGACGUGCUCACUAAUGUGGCCCGGUGUCUCAGCGUGGUGUCAGGCAGCGCGGAGUGCUGCGCGUGGCUGUGCGCGUGCGGGGGGGCGGCGCGCGCCGUGCUGCGGGCGCUGGCCGCGUGCGCGCCGCGCGCCCCGCUCGCCGUGCGCCUCGCAUACACGCUCGGGAACAUGGCCGCCGCCGACGAGCGCGCCAGGAACGAUAUUUACAACGAGGACGGCGCGAUAGACGUUUUACUCACAAUCUUGGAAUCGUACACGAAGAAGAACCCGCAAGACAUGCCAGAUGUCGAGGCGGACCCUGAUCUACACUUAGUUGGUUCAGAUUUAGGUGGAUCGGAUGGUUCAAAUGAAGAUGUUCUUAUCAAGACUGUACGUGUGGUUGCAAACUUGUGUCUGGCGGAGCGCGUGGGCCGCGGUCUGGCGGACAUAUACGCGCAGCGGAUCGUCAACUCUCUACUCGCUUGUCUACAACUCGCGGAGACAAUUAUAACACAUACGGACAAAUCGUUGCCCGAGAAUAUGGCUCCAGUGGAGCGCGCCGAGGAGUUGGCGACGGCGGCGCUCGCCACCCUGAACAACCUGACCUUCUACCGCGAGCCGCCGGACCCGCCCGACCCACUACACGUACCCAUCGACAAUAUCUGCAAAGCGACGUGUCGCUGGCUGCGCGGGUCGGGCCCGGCGUCGUGCGAGGCGGUGCGCGCGCUCGGCAACGUGUCGCGCGCCACGCGCACCGCGCAGCUCAUUGUGCUCGAGGGCGCACUCGACAGACUCGAGCCCUUCCUCAACCAUGAGGACGGCAGCGUGCGGUGCGCGGCGGCGGGCGUGCUGGUGAACGUGUGCGGCGCGGGCGCGGAGUGCGGCGCGGCGGCCGCGCUGGCGGCGCGCGCGCUGGCCGCCGCCGCCGCGCACCGCGACACCCAGCCCGCGCCGCUGCUGGCGCGCGCACUCUGGAACGCGCACGCGCACCACCAGUACCCGCUCUCGCCCAUACACGCGCAUGCUGUCUCUGAAGCACUCGCUGUCUUCAUAGACGAUGAAUCUGUAUUCGCUGCUUGUGAAGCGGAUAAGCUGGGAGAACAAGAAAUUGAUAGAAAUGUUACUAAACACCACGUAACGUUCGACUUGGAAAACAACAACUACGCGUCAGAAUGUGACCCAUCUUGUUACGAUACGUCCUCAAAACGAAUUAGUCGCAAGAACAGUCUAGAAACAGGUGACGUCACAGGUGAGGACUUAGGCUUUGAGGAGGGAGAUGUGGAGGAGUGCUGGUGUGAUCCCUGCCGUCGCCUCGCCACGUGGGACGAACUUGUAGGAGUCGCCAUACCAUUGUUAGAUAGAUUGCGACCUCCACGGACAGACGCCUCCGUUGGCACUGAAUGAAAAAAAACAACACUUACCUGACCAUUUUUAAUGUUUUGAAUUUGGAAUAAAAAAAGAUAUGUUUAGACUUUGCAUUGUAUAUGGCCAGUUACUUUCGUAGUUCGUAUUUUGAGAAGGUUAUGGAAAAAGAGUAUGUAAUAAAGUAAUUAAAGAAAGAGUUGUACGGUUGUGAAUGUUUGGUUAUUCAUAAAAGUUAAACGUUUAGCAUUUAAAGCUAGUCAUUUAUUAGUAAAUUGUUAUAUUUUUAAAGUCAUUUGAAUAAUAUUUAAUUUAUCGGUGAUGCUUAUGUAUGUAUACCUAUUUAAUUAUUUAAUAUUGUAUUUAACCAAUUUAGUAUAUAUAGAAUGACAGAGACAUAGUUAAGUACUUAUUUACUUGUUUUGUUAUGAAGUGAGCUGAAUGGUUGUAUUAAUUCUUAAUUUUAUUCGUACAAAGGUAAUUGUAAUUAAUCUUUUCACUGCCAUACUAAAAUUGUUUCAAAGAGAUAAAUGCUAAGUAAUAUAACUAGGUAGCGUUGUAUCGCUGUAACAUUUCAAAUAAUAAUAUAAAACAAGGAGAUAAAUAUGUACUUACGCACUGACUGUGAUUAUUACACACAGAAACACAAGAACCCUUGUUCCAGUCGUGUCUGUGACAAUUCAACUAAUAGGGAAGUCAAAUGGAAUGUUACUUACCUAUAUUAUAAAUGUGCAAGUUUGUGAGUUUGUAUGUUUGUUACUCAAUCACGUCGAAAUGGCUGAAGGAAUCGGGAUGAAAUUUGAAACUGGGGUAGAUUGUAGUCUGGUAUUGGGUAGGCUACUUUUUAUUCAACGGGAACGCGGGCGAAGCCACUGGCAGAAGCUAGUAGUCCUAUAUUAAUUUGUUAUAUCUUGUAUAAAUUUUAAAUAAUAUGUAUUUAAAUAUAUAAUAUUGUAAUAUUAAUCUUAUAUUAAAAUGUCACUUUUUUACGCUUUAAUUGUGAAUCCUAGUCAGAUGUUUAGGUAAAUUAGGUAGAUUAUAUAUUAUUUUACAUUAAUCGUGAUUUAUUGUUGAGUUCAUAUUGUAAUGAGUUUUCGCGUCGCUAGAGGCGCUGGUGUUGCGUUAAGUCUGCUAUCCCAAAUGUUAUAAUGCAAUAGAAUGGAUUACUUGGACAUAACGUUUCAUUAGCGUCUAGAAGACAAACAUAAUUAUGUCACUGUAAUGGGGAAGUGCAGAAAGGGUAUAAUGUAAAUGGCAU